AUGACCUAUGGACGAUACAGAGACGAUGUUGCAACACUUUAUGACGUUUUCUGCGAACUUGGAGCACCGAAACCGGGUGAAAAACUAGCAACACUUCAUUUCAAAUAUCCAGACGAUUUUCACGAUCCAGGAAUUGUCAAGAGCAUCCAACAAUUUGCAUUUCCAUGUCAACUCAAAGAAGUUGAGCUCGACGCCGUCCAACUGUUCAGUUUCGUGCUGACUGAUUCAAAUUCAAAGUUCUCCUUCGGAUUUUGUCGUUACACACCAAGGACCGACACGUGCAUUUGCUUCUUGAGCGGAUUCUUCUGGCCGAAUGUGUUCUUCAAGGCACUCAACGAUAUCUCUCUGGUCAUUCAAGCAGCUCAGAAGGAAGACGUCGAGUCUGUGCUCACUAAAUUCUACCACACGGACAUUCCAAACAUUGAUGAGUAUCUUCGGUUCGCGGAUCACAAUCCAAAACAUAAUUAUCGGAUUGUAUUUGCUGAGAAGAUUCCGGAUCCAACAAAACUUCCAACAUUGAGUGCCGACAAAUACUUUCUCGAGUUCUACAAUGCCAUCGAUCCUCGUCAAAUGCUCGCAAUCUUUGCUAGUCUUCUCAAAGAACGUCGGAUUCUUUUCACUGGACGGAAAGUGGGAACAUUGAGUUCAUGCCUCCAUGCGGUCUCAAUGCUACUCUACCCAAUGUGUUGGCAAUCCGUGUUCAUCACAAUUCUUCCGGAAUCGUUGGUGGAUAUGGUUAUGGCACCAAUGCCGUAUUUGAUUGGAGUUCCAAAGACUGUCUUAGAUACUGCGAAUUUGAACUUGAGAGACAUCGGUGAAGUGGUCAUUGUGGAUAUCGACGAGAAGACUUUGACAAGCCCAUUCGAUGAUGUUGCUGCAAUGCCAUCGGAAGUGGUAACCUUCUUGAAGACUCAGCUUCGUUCCCAAUCAGCGAUGGAUGACACCUUCGCCAAACACUUCUUGCGUGCAAUGGUCUUACUUUUCGGUGACUACACCAGCGGAUUUACAGGAGAUACACCGGAGACUCUGGUUUUCUCAAAAGAACGGUUCGUAUCUCAACAGAGACCGUCUUAUCAGGCUUAUAUUGACUCUUUGUUGGGUGCUGAUGGUGUUCAAUAUCUGGAGAGAUUCAUUCAUGAUCGCUUGGAGUUAUUCAAGGAAGGACACGUGCCAGGAGACCAAUUUGAGAUUGAAAUCGAGCGAAUGGAUCUGAAAAAUCGACCGGUCAAGGAGAACGCCAACGACGUGAUUGGAGCGCUGAAGACAUCUGGAAUUCAGAUUGCAAAUCGGCUCCAACGUCUGACUCCAAGAGAGAUUCGAAAAGCAGCAGCUAAGAAGAAGGCGCAGAGCAAUGGAACCGAACAAUCGCCAAUGUCAUUUGACAAUCUUCAGUGGGAAGCGAAAGGCGAGGAAGACGAGGAGGCAGCUAUCGAGACCUGCAGAGACAAUGUUCCAGUGGCUAAUUUGAUUGACUUUGAUGAGCCAUCUACUAGUGCUGGACUCACUUCAGUAGAUGAACAAUAUUUUCUCCGUCCCGCUGAGCUUUCAACAACCAGAACGUCCCCACCACAACAACUUGGGAAUGUGUUUGCCGAUCCGUUUGCCACGUCCCCAGAUGGACCGGCUCCCCCAUUGCCUUCACGACCUCCACCACCACUGCAUCCUCGAAUGAUUCCGGCUCCACCAGUUCAACCAUUUCCAUCAAGUGGCUCAUCGGCUCCCCAUCUGCUUCAACUACAGCAAAGCCAUCAAUGGCAAAUGUACCCGAUUGGAGUCGGCACAACAGCUGCUCCUCUUCAUCCUCCUGCCCCUGACUUCUACGCUCCCCCACCAUUGCCGCCACGCCGUCCUGCCUCCGUUGGCCCAUCGAUUUCUUCCACACCGGCUCCGUUGUCAGGGCAACCUAAUCCGACGGUUGCUUCUAACAUCGCUGCUCAACCGCCGGCUCCUCCUAUUCGCCACAAAUGGGAAACUUUCGAAUAA